UCUCAUACCAAUCCCCUGCAAGCUAGUUCUAUACAGAGUACAGACUAGCGACGCUUCCACCGCCAAACCCAAAGGUGAAGCAAGAGUUCUUCCAAGUUAUCCGCACCAGCUCUGUGUUUUUAGUUUUUACUUGGAGUUGAUUUUCAAGACACAAAGAUGCCUCAAGGAGAUUAUAUGGACCGUUGGAAACGGGACUAUGGCCAACGUCUCGAUCACGAAGAGCGCGAACGCAAGAAGAUUGCUCGUAAUGUUCAUAAGCACUCUAAAACUGCCCAGAAGACUCUGGGUAUUAAGGGUAAGAUGCUUACAAAGAAAAAUUAUGCUGAAAAAGCUCAGAUGAAGAGGACUUUGGCCAUGCAUGAAGAGUCAACAUCCAGGCGCAAGUCUGAUGAUAAUGUUCAGGAAGGAGCUGUUCCUGCAUAUCUUUUGGAUCGUGAAAACACGACCAGAGCAAAGAUUCUCAGCAACACCAUUAAGCAAAAGAGAAAGGAGAAGGCUGGGAAAUGGGAUGUUCCUCUACCUAAGGUACGUCCCGUGGCUGAAGAUGAAAUGUUCAAAGUUGUCCGCACUGGUAAAAGAAAGACCAAGCAAUGGAAGAGGAUGGUUACAAAAGCUACAUUUGUUGGACCUGGUUUUACUAGAAAACCCCCAAAAUAUGAGCGUUUCAUUCGUCCUACUGGAUUGCGGUUCACUAAAGCUCAUGUCACUCAUCCAGAACUUAAAUGCACAUUCAAUCUAGAGAUUAUUGGAGUGAAGAAAAACCCUAAUGGCCCUAUGUACACCUCUCUUGGUGUCAUUACCAAGGGAUCUAUAAUUGAGGUGAAUGUUAGUGAACUUGGUUUGGUUACACCUGCAGGGAAAGUUGUGUGGGGUAAAUAUGCCCAGGUUACCAACAACCCCGAAAAUGAUGGUUGUAUAAAUGCUGUUCUACUUGUUUAAACUCAGAUCAACGAUUGUAGGACAAGUCCCGUUUCUGUAUUUUUUCAAGUCUCGUGUAUGACUGUACCACCGGCUGCCCUCAAAUGUUCGAUGAAAGCUGUAUUCACUGUUUUUGAUCCUUUAGAUUUUGUCUGGAAACAAGGCAAAUUUUUGUUGUUUGGAUUGGGAUACUGACAUGUUCAAGAUUUUAUCGUUCUUCUAUUUAUUUGGAUAGUCAAUGUAAUGGGGAUCACUUAUUGACCAAAGAAUCAGACACAGGUUUAUAAUUAAGUAAUAUUGUAUGAGCAACACUUUAAGUGGCUAUAUUUUUGUUGUGCGAAUAAUGUUUUAAUUUCAUGUAUUACAAAAUUUAAAUGAACCCUUUAAUAUAUUUGUUAAUUCAUA